GGAUGUGUUGAUUGACUUGACAACAACAUCAACAAAGCUUGGAAAAGAAUCUUGUUGUCCCCCAUUUACAGCACUACGGUGGCUAGCAUUAUCAUCCGAUUUCGGCAUCUAGAUACCUAAAUUCUGACGACAUGCCGAGUAGCGGUGCCAUUAUACCGCCAUCGAUUAUUGCCCUCCGGCCCCCGGAGAUUGGCAAGCCGCUCAACCUCAUAGACACAGAAACAUACCUAGAGUUAUACACUGAAUCACCAGGCUGCCGAGUCUACUUCACCACAGAUGGCACCAAGCCGAACCCAUUCAGCCCCAAGGUGGGUGGCAAGGAGGCCACGUUCCGCUACAAAGCUCCCUUCACACUCAAACCAGGGAAAAGGACACUGAGGUGUCUCGCCAUCACCAGAGAUGGCCGGAGUGAGAGCAGUGUCGUCACCAAGACGUUCAACGUUGAGGAACUGGAGCCUGAAUACUCAUCAUCUGAAGGUGAAUCGGACAUCAUGAGUUUCGUCAGCAGCGAAUCGGAUGUUGAUUUUGAGAAGGAACGAAAAGCGAAAGAAAAGAAGAAGAAAGAAAAAGAGGAGAAAAAGAAGGAAAAAGAGAGGGAGAAGGAAAAAGAGAGAGAAGAGAAGGAGAGAAAAAAACUAGAGGAAGAAAGGGAGAAGCUUGAAGAAGAAAAAGAGAAACUGGACAUGGAAAGAGAGAAGCUUCAGAGAAACAUAAAAAGAGAGAAGGAAAAGGUGAAAGAAACAGAAAAAGGGGAAAGAAAAGAGAAGGAAAAAGAGAAAGAUAAAGAAAAAGAGAAGGAAAAAGAGAAGAAGGAGAAGCCAGAAAACGAAAAGGAGAAGGCUGACAAAGAAAAGGAGAAGAAAAAGAAGAAAGGAGAGGAGAAAAAAGACAAAGAAAAGAAAGAUAAAGAAAAAGAAAAAGAAAAGGAAAAGAAAAAGAAAGAUGAAAAGAAAGAUUCUAAAGAUUCUAAGGCGUUGGUGCCGUCACACAUGCCAAAAGAAGCCUGGGGAACACCUGGGGCCGCUGGAGCUGGGACACAUGACGUUGACGGGCCAUUCAAUCCCACCAACUACUCAGGGACACAGAUCAACUUGUGGGGGGUACCACCAGAUCAGUGGCCAGCCCUGAAUGUAGGCCCACAUGGGACAGUAUUUCAGCCUGCACCCCCAAAACCAGAGGCACCACGGAUUACAGAAGGACCGUCUGGUAUCUCUACGCAGCAGUUAGGGAACUUAACAAACCAGGUUAUGCAGAAAUUAGAUGACACUGCCCAAAUGACUGUGAAGGAUGUUAGAAAAGCUAUCGAAGCCGCAAAGCAAGACAUUCCUGUGGUUGUUCCACAGUCUAAACCUGAACCAAAGGAGCCAACACUGAUGCCUGUCAGUGCUGGCAACGGAGACGUCAAAAAACAGAUAUCACAUAUUUACGCCCAUCUCCUAGACUACGCUAAGAGAGACCCAAACUUCAGAGCAUCAGUAUCACAGCCGAAACUUGGAAAGAUUCUCAGUGCAGAUAUGGACGAAAGUGCAGACAGCUACCUCAUCACAAUACAACUUGGCAAACCAGGAGUUAAAAAGUCGGAAACCGCAGCCCCACCACCGAAGAAGGUCGAGAAGGCUCAGGCACCGCGGCGUCCUUCUAAGGAACAAGCGGCGCCUCCACCAAAGAAAGAAAAACCAAAGCCAGAGGAGAAUAAACGAAAGGUUGCGGAGGAGGUGCCAUUUUUUGAGACAGAGGAGUAUGAUCAGGAGGGUACGCUGAAACCAGCCGAGAACUUUGAUGCAGAGACUGACUCUGAGAAGCUAAGGAAGGCAAUGAAGGGUUUAGGGACAGACGAGCAAGCCAUCAUUGAUGUCCUUGGUUACCGGUCAGUCACUCAGAGGAUGCAGAUCGUCAAGCAGUUCAAAAUGAUGUUCGGCAAGGAUCUCAUGAAAGAACUCAAGAGUGAGCUGAGCAGUCACUUCUUGGACGCCUGUCUGGCAUUGUGCCGCGCUCCGGAUGAGUAUGAUGCAGCUGAGCUCAGGAAAGCGAUGAAGGGUCUAGGCACAGACGAGGACGCGCUGAUUGAGAUUAUCUGCACACGUACAAGCAAACAGAUGGAGAUGAUCAAAUCAACAUAUAAAAGAGUAUAUAACCGGGAUCUUGAGGCAGAUAUUGAAUCAGAGACGUCAGGUCAUUACAAACGGUUGAUGAUCUCAUUAUUACAAGCUUCAAGAGACGAGAAUCCGGAGUUUGAUCGCAACAAAGCCAAGAAAGAUGCGGAGGAUUUAUUCCAGGCCGGUGAGAAGAAGUGGGGAACCGAUGAAUCAAGGUUCAACGUCAUUUUGUGUUCGAGAAGUUACCCUCACCUACGCGCUGUUUUCGAAGAGUACGAAAAAAUAGCACAUAAGGACAUUGAGGAGUCUAUAAAAAGUGAAAUGUCGGGAGAUUUAAAGAAUGGCAUGCUGACAGUGGUGCGUUGUAUCAAAUACAAGCCUACAUAUUUCGCGAUGGCCCUUCAGAAAGCGAUGAAGGGACUUGGGACAGAUGACAACACACUCGUCAGGAUCAUUGUCUCCAGAUGCGAGACGGACAUGGUCCAGAUUAAGGCAGAGUUUGCCAAGUUGUUUAAGGGGACGCUGUACGAUUGGGUCAUUGACGACGUAUCUGGCGACUACAGAAAGCUCAUGUGUGUUCUCAUAGGUGAACCGUACAAAAAAAAAUGAGCAUGACGUACAUGUAGUCAGAUAUUAGCGCGCGAUGCGGGACACAGUUAUCUUCAAGUGCUAGACGAUUCAAUUGCAGAAUUGGAUAUAAGUAGUAUUUGAAACUAUUUUCUAGAAUGUAUGAAAUACCGUCAUAAAGUCAGUUUUAAAACAUUCCCUUCAAGUGCAUCUUCAUGGAAAUGGUUCAAAAUCUUGCGGUUGUUGAUGGUGUUAUUGUUUACUGUAACAGAAUUGCCCUCAAACAUAUCGCAUAAUAGGUCUGUUUAUUAUCUUCAUUUAUAUCUUAUGAUAAAUGUAUAUGUAAAUAGAUUAGCUAGAUUAUAGGCCUAUAUCUUGACAAUGGCAGCAUAUCUAAGAGGCAAUUACUUGGAAGAAUACCCAUCAGGUUUUGAGCACUACGUUGGAAAACCAACUGAGCACUGCCCGAGUUCUACAUAGCGGACUGAGGAGAGCCUUCGUAUAGAGAUUAUUCAUUUACGUCACAAUUGCCAUGCGAUUCAUAUGAAUUCCACCUUGUUGGGUAUCAAAAUUAGAUGACACUUUGAGGACAUCAGACAUUUUAUGUCAUAGCUAAGUGUUUAUCUACAAGGUCACUUGACAUUGAUGGCCAAUAUGGCAGCAACGCUGUUCCAACUAUAGGAAGUAAUAAAAUGAACUUUAAGAUUA